AUGGACGCUCUUGAAUCAUUAAGAAAUAGACUAAAUCAAGUUCAUAUAUCGCUAAGGAAGUUAUCAGAGCAAAUCAAUUAUGCUAAUAGAUUCCAAGAAAAAUCUAAACUCCCAACCUAUGGGCAAUUUCAAAAUCAAUUCCAUAUUUUGUUAACACAAUUACAUUCCAUAACCAAUAUCAUAGAGAAUAAUCAAGAAGCUUUAAGAAAUUCAAAUGCAUUCCCUUUACCUUCGUUCCCAACCACUCAACACGAAGGACUUUUAACUACUUUAUUAAGGAAAAAGCCGUUACCUGAGGUUGAAACUUGGAUAGAUGAAGCCAUUGAAAAAUCUAAAGAUCUAAAUAUAAAUAGUGAAAUCGAUGAUGAGUUUUGUCAAUGGUGUUUAUCACAAAUUCAAAGUUUAAGAGAAGAAUUCCAAUUUUAUGGGUUCUUAUCAACAAAUGAACUAGAGGUUCUCGAAACCGAACAAGGGAAAUUAGAAAGUGAAAAAAAGAAAGAGAUUGAGAGAGAGAAACAAGAUUAUGAAUUCAAAAUAACAAAUGGCAAAAAACCUAUGAACCCCAAUCAUGUAUUAAAAUUCAUGUUUCAAGGGAAAUUAGAAUAG